CGUGAUUGCUGAAAGAAAAAAAAAUUGAAUAUUUUGUGCACCCGGACAGCAACACCUCAAAGUAGUGAAAUAUUCUCUCUAAUCCUAAUUACAAAAUGUACUAGAUUGACAAUAAGAUUUAAUUUGUGUCUUUCUUAUAAUUAAGACCGGAAGAAAAUAAAACCGCUAACGUAUAGACUUAACCAAGUUAUGCCACGUGUACGAUGCCAGCUCUCUGCCAAUCUCCAAAGUCACUACAAGCCGUAUAUUUAUAUUUUCUAUAUACACAAAAGUCUACCGUUUAUAAAGUCUCUACACACAGCUAAGUUCAACCACUUUAUCAACCAUGGCUACCGUCCGACCGCCAACGACCACCGUCAUCACCGCCGUCGCCUUCCUUGCCAUUCUCUCCUUACUCGACGUUGCCGCCGCCCGCACGACGUCGACUUUAAACGGAGCUGAAACAAUCGCAGAUGCUGAUGCUGCCGCCCUCACACUUCCAACAUCCUCAGCCGUCACCGUCAAGGUCAACGUUAAUGAAUCAUCUGUUGGGGAGCCCGAUCCCGACACUGCGGAUCCCAUCAUAGUUAAAUCCGGUCCUUUGACUGAUAAUGUCACCGAAAUGUCACCGUCAUCCAACGGCAAGGAAAAGGAGGACCUCUGGGUCAGGUUUCCGCACCACCACCACCACCGGCGGCACCACAAGGAUGAUGAAGAUGGGUUUUCCAAGCAUUUAUUGAAACAAAACUAUAAAUUUGUUAAGAAGAAGUUCAAGAAACAUUUCAACCACGAAGAGAAAGACGAUGACGAUAGCGACAACGACGAGGAUGAGAGUGACGAUGAAGAAGGCGACGAGGAAGAGCAGAAGGAGAAGAAGAAGAAGAAGAAGGAAAAGAAGAAGCGUGAUUUCGGAAAGAAGAAAGCGAAGGAGGGUGGUUUUGUAAAGCGUGAUCGCAAGUUUGUGGCUUGAUAAGUUUGUGGAAGUCUGAUACGGUUCUAAUUGUCAUGUUUAGAUUUUCACUUUCAAUAUACGAUUUGUAUUAGAAACGAAAUUUUAAACUAGACAGUUAUUUCUGAAGAGGGGAAAUACCUAUGGGGCAUAAGUAUUUUGUGAUUUUGGAUGUUAUCUACGUUUGUGUAUCUACUAAUGUUGGCAGGCAGUUCAACAUUUUGUUAUGUAAAAUAUGAUAUAUCUGUAAUAUCUGUUUGUUGAAUCUAUUUCUUUCUGAAUUAAUGGCGAAUUUGAGAUUUUUAUUAGAAUGCAAUAUGCCCAUGUAGGCUAUAGAGGG